AUGGGAAAUUCAGGCUCAAGUUCUUCAAAUUUAGAUCAAAAAAGUAGCAACGAUCUUCCUGAGUUUGAAGACUUAGAAGAAAUUUAGCGUUAGAAGUAAUAAGAUUUGCAAAGAAGGGAAAGGUUAGCCAUGCUGGAAAGAUAAUAAUAUGAUGAAGGAUAUUAGUCACCCCAAAAAUAAAAAAAGCCUGAUUUUGAUAGCCUUUGCCCUGAAGAAUAAAUAAGCCAUAUUUUAGAAUAACUUUUAUAAGUAUCUAUUGUAGAAGAAUAGGGAAAUCAAUUCUUUUCGCUUAAGGAAAUAGAAAACGAUUUGAUUGAUCCAAAAUUGAAGAAGCCGCUAUUAAACAAGUAAAAUGUGUAGGAUUUUGUUAUUUAUGAAGUCUUACAGAGCAAAAUUGGAAUAUUUUUUGAAAAUCAUGAAGAAAGAGUGAAAUAUUUAUUUUCAGUCAUUAAAAAAUGUGCUAAUAAUAAAAAUAUUAUUUUACAAAAAAACAAUUUUGCUUAAAGUGAUAGUGAAAAGAAGGUUUAAUAGUAGCAGUUAUUAAUUUCUGCUGAUGACUAUGAUGAAAUUAUAGAAUCAAGCUUUAAUUAUAUGAUUACUUUGCUAACUUAAUAUGAGUCUUUUGAUCUAGAAGGUAUUUAGGAUGAGAAGCAUAAUAACAUCUUUGAUAUCAGUAAUAUAUUAUUAGAUGCAUUUUACAAUAACUUCAAUAGAUAUAGCGCAAUUACUUUUAAUGAAGUUAUGGACAGACUCAGUAAGCAUGAUGAAUUCCAUAAUAUUAUGAAUUCAGUAUUCAAACGUAUUUACAAUAACAUAAGAGAAAAGGGAAGCAUUGAGAAUAUGGACCCUUUUUCUAAUUCAAUUGAUAGAAUGAAAUAACUUUUUACUAAGGAUUACAUUCUUGAUUAUUUUUUAAAUAGUUCUCCUUUAUUCUAUUCUGAAAGUCUUAAGUAUGGUCUUUAUUUAGAAGGCAAUACGAUAUUUGGGCUAAUGCUUUCUCUAACUACUUUCCCUGACUAAUGGGAAAAAUUUAUGGAAGUUUUUAAGUAAGUUAAUUUAAGGUUUAGUAAAGAAGUAUAAAAACUUAUUCAAGAAGAUACUAAAAUUAUAAGAAAAAAAAUUAAUGAAUUUCAUAAGCUCUUCUACUAAUUGCUAAACAUAAUAGCCAAAAAAAGAAAAGAUAGACUCAUAUUUUGGAUUGAAAAAAUUUUAGAUAUGAAUAAGGGUAUUCUCAAGACAUAUCAUUCUCAUGAACAUUGUUCAAGUCCUGGAUUUUUAUACAAUUUCUUAAGGAUACUCCUGCACUUUACUUAAUCCCUAACAUUAGAUUUUAAUACAAUGAAUGAAGUUAUAAACAAUCUUGAUUUAAAUAUCAUUACUGAGCCCACUGGCUUCUAUAAAUUUUUUGAUCACAUUCAAAUUUUUGACAAAGAAAAAUAUGAAAAAGAAAUAUUGAAAAUAUAAAUGUAAAAAAGUGGAGAAGAUUCAUAGCCUAAUUAAUAACCAUAAGAAGGGGAAAAAAAGGGAAUAGUAGGAGAAAAUUAAGAAGAAGAGUAAAAGUAAUCUAAUCAUCCACAAAGCAAAACAUCAUUAAGCUAAGAUUAAACACAAAACAUUUAAUUUAUUUCUCAGAUUUAUCGUUUUGUAAUGGCAGCCAUUCAUUUGAAUCUUCCAUUUUUCAAAACCUUAAAGUCAUUUUAGGAAAAACUACAUUAAGCAAGCCACUUCAACUAGCACAACGUUGUUGAAAUCAAUAAUUUUUUGAUAAAGUAAAAAGAAAAAUUAUCAUAUAAUAUUCUAAUAGAAGAUCCCUAUAUCAACUCUAUGUUAAUUAAAUUCUUUGAACUUUAAGUGUUGUAUUGUUGGAAAUUAAACAAUCAGUAGUAUGAUGAAAAAGGAAUUAUAAACUAGCUCUAGACUGAAUACACUCAAAAAUAUGCUCAAUUACCUUUCUUUUUCAUCGAAGACAUAAAUGAGUUUACAUCUCUUGUCCUUAUCUUAUUUCCUAAAAUUAUUUAAGAAUUUUAGAGCUCAUUCUAGAAAAUCAUAGACUGCUAAAUAAUAAUGAUGGGUAAUAAACAAUGGUGCAAUAACCCACACUUUAGACAAAAGAUUAUAGAGAUUUUUUCAAUGAUUAUUGGCUUCGAUAGAAAUAAUGCACUUAAAGAGUCCUCUCCUUCUUUUUUACUCAACUAAGGAUAAGUUUGUCAAGAGUAUAUGAUACCUGGGCUGUUAAAAGUGUUUAUAGAAAUCGAAAAAUCGACUGAUGGUCAUCAUCACUAACACCAAUUAAAUGAGAAAUUUAUCUUUAGAUACCACUUUUGCAAAAUUUUUACAUACCUCUUAGAAAAUUAAGAAAAGAAAAAAUAAGAUCAAGAAGAAGAAUAGGCAAACAAAAUUGCUUUAAGAGUAAACUAAGAAAUGAAAAUAAACAAAAUUUGUUCAAACUAGCUUAUUAAAAUAUCUCAAUAAAAUAAAAUUAUGUUUUUAGAGUUUGCAAAUCUUUACUUUAAUGAUUUGAUAUUUUUAUUAGAUAUAAUUUCGAAUUAUAUGUGCAAAUUCUUUCACUUUUAAACUUUAAACAGAAAUCAAGUAAACCAUUUUGUUUACCAUUAAAAGGAAAGUGAAGCGAAAUAGAGCUAACAGCAUGUAAAAAAGUAUUAUUAGUAUUUAGCAGCUUACUAUAAGAAUAUAGAAACUCUUUCUCUUUAUAGUGAAGACAUAUUUCUCCAAGAUGAGAUCAAACUCAAACUUACAAAUUUUAUAAACAUUUCUUUUAUGAAAAUAUUAACAUAUCACCAUCUCGAUUAAUUGAAUGAGAAGGCAUAAAAAGAGUUAGGCUUUGACUUAAAAACAGUAGUAUUGUGUAUAGUUAAAUUGUACAUUUAAUACUCCUAAUAUGAUAAAUUCGUUUAAACACUUGUUGAAGAUGAGAGAAUUUUUGACAUAGAAGCCUUUAAGAAAUCUGUUUCAAAGCUAUAAACUCUCAAUAUAUUAUCAGAAAGCAUCUAAAAUGAAUUUAACUCAUUCUAAAGUAGGGUCAUUGAGAUGUAUGAAGAGAAGUAAAGAACUGAGGCACUCCUUUAUGCCGAAGUUCCUGAAAAAUAUUUAGAUCCACUGCUUAAUCAAAUCAUGACUGACCCAGUCAAGCUACCAAAGAGUGAAGUUAUUAUUGAUAGAGUAACUAUUGUAAAGCACCUUCUCAAUGACAAAACUGAUCCUUUUACCAGAGACCAACUUUAAGAAUCUGAUUUGAUUCCAAUGCUAGAGCUAAAAUAAGAAAUAUCAGAAUUUAUUAAUUAGCAAUUAUAAAAAAAUAAAUUGAAAAAGUAAGCUAAAAAUAUUGAGACUGAAGAAUAAAAAGAUAACGAAGAAGCCAUAUCAACUUCUUCCUUUUUAAGUGAAAUGGUUACAAAGGAUGGCAAUGAAGGAUCAGUAACAAACUAAGCAUUUAACUUAAAUGAAAUUAGAAGUGAUAUGGAAUUGUAAAGUAGCAACAAUAUUGGUGACGAUGUUCUAUCAAAUGAUUAACAAAAUGAAUAAUGA